CCUCUUUUGAGAGCACACACACCUGCUUCUAUGGAGUUCUGCUUGGCCCAGACAUGUCCCCAAGGGAAUCAUGAAGCCACCUCCCCAACCUUCAGCACCUUCCAGCCCAUGAACCUGACCCAGGGGAGAUGCCAGGACUUGGGUUGUGGGGGCAAGCCCAGCAUGCAGGCUCUGAGGGAACAGGAGGUUCAGCUCAGCCCCAGGGUCACCCACACGGUGGCCUCUGCCUCAGCCCCAGGAGCUGCCUGGGUCCUAGAGAGUGUCAACAGGGAGGAAGAGGAACCUGGGAAAGGUGAACUGUCAUUGCAAGCUGAGACCAGAGCAUGGGUUCAGAAGACCCAGGCCCACUGGCUCUUGCUCAGGACUGCCCCGCUUUGGUUCCAUGGCUUCAUUACCAGAAGGGAAGCUGAGAGGCUACUGCAGUCCCAACCUCUAGGAUGCUAUCUGGUGCGCUUCAGCGAGAGCGCUGUGACCUUCGUGCUGUCCUACAGGAGCCGAACCUGCUGCCGUCACUUCCUCCUUGCUCAGCUAGGGGAUGGGCGCCACGUGGUGCUGGGUGAAGACAGUGCCCACUCGCAGCUUCAGGACCUGCUUCAACACUACACAGAGUGCCCCCUCAGCCCCUACGGGGAGAUGCUCACCCAACCCCUUGCUCGCCAGACAGCUGAGCCUGCCGGUCUUUCCCUAAGGGGUGAAUCAGACUCUGGAAGCAGAAGACAGGACCCAGACACCCAGCACAGCCUGUUCAUCCAACAGGGGCAGGCCCAUGCCCAGGCCCCAGGACAUAAAGAGAAAGUGAGGGCCUCCCAACAGAAGAAGACUUCCCAGGCAUCCAGACCCAGGCCCCCCAUUCCUGCCAAGCCUCAGCUACCUCUUGAAGUCUACACAAGUCCUGCUCCACGACCUCAUCAGGCCCUACCCAUUAACCCCGUCUACCAGGAGCCUGAUGAACCCAUAGCCUUCUAUGCCAUGGGGCGGGGCAGCCCUGGGGAUGCUCCUAGUAAUAUCUAUGCUGAGGUGGAUGGCCCACGGGAAAUGCUACCCAUUGGGCACCCCACCCUCCAUAAGUGCUGGUCCAGGCCUAUCUCAGGAGGCCAGGGAAAGGGGGUACAGGGAAAGAAAAGCUCAAGAAGGCCAGCAGGAAGAGGGAGCCCCUCCUGAACGGCAGGCAAGGCGAAGGAAGAAGCAGGCUGAACCAAAAUGGAAUGGACCAUGCUACUGAAAACCUUUGCCCAGCCCCAGGCCUGAGGUUGUUCCUGGACAUGCACAUGGACUCAGCUUUGUCAAGCUCUACCUGCCCCUACUCCUGAGAACAUUAAAGGUGAUGGGUUUCCUUCAACCUUUCUCCAUCCCAGGCUGCCUCUUGUCAGUCAGGCCUUCCUCAGAUACAUGUGGCACUGAUCCAGUUCCUCGGAGAAGAGCGCUUAGGAGCCCAUGCAUUGCCACCAGUGGGCUCAGAGGAGGAGGCCACCCAUUGUGUGCUUGCCCUCACAGUUUCCCCCACAGAUAGUUUCAUGUCUGAAUGUGGUAUUAAUAUUAAAUGAGUUGGACUCUUGCCCCUG